AUGACCUCCGACCUCAUUGGCACCUACGUUCUUCUCCGUCUUGUUCUAGAUAUACCCAUCAUCAGGACGUACUGGCUGCUAGGAAACCCUGCCGUAGCUAGCCUCUUGACAGCUAAGGAAUGUCUUGGUAUUGUUUUACUCGUUGUAGAGUCUUGGUCCAAGAUUGCCCCUGGCACUUCUACCACCCACUCACCGGAUGAAGACGCGAAUGUCUUCAGUAGGCGCCUACUUGCUUGGCUUAUCUCGCUCUUCGUCAAAGGGUACUCUCAGCCGUUGACUAUAGACGAUUUAUAUUCCCUCAACAAAACUUUAUCGGCCGGCGCAUUUGGAAAACCUCUCGCUUCUGCCUGGUGGAAGAAUGGAAUGCCUCGAUGGGGAAAGUAUGGCCUCGCAAAGCUCCUUGCAGCGGUUCUACACCUGGCAAUAUUGGGGCCGGUAUUGCCUCGCCUACUUCAAAUUGUAUUCACAUUCUGUCAGCCUUUUUUGAUUCGGGCUACAACCGUCUUUCUCGACAGCGAGGAGUCAUCCAUUACUGUUUAUUAUGGCUACGGACUCAUUGGUGCUUAUUUGCUCGUUUACACAGGCAUUGCCAUUACCAAUAGCUGGUACUGGUACAGCCAGACAAAGUUUCAAACCCAGCUAAGAGCAGCUUUGAUAACACUUUUGUAUCAGAAGAGUCUACGAAAAGAUAUAUUGAGCCUUUCGGAGGCGGAAGCCAACACCCUUAUGAGCGCUGAUGUCGACAAGGUUGUCAUAGGGAUGAGGAACUUCCACGAAUUAUGGGCGGCGCCGGUUGAGCUUGCCAUUGGGCUCUGGCUUCUCUAUCGGGAAGUCAAGCUCGCUAUGUUGGCACUUUGCUUUCUGUCCAUCGCGUUUUCCAACAUGCUUCUCGCCCCCGUUUUGGUUUUCUCAACAUUCCUGCCACUUUCGCAGACUUAUAACAUGCCUUAUUCGACUGAGCGUAUUUUCAGCACUCUGUCGCUUAUUUCGCUUAUGACGGAGCCGUUCAUCAACGUUUUGCAAUCACUUCCCCACUUCUCCAUGGUAUUUAGCUGUCUAGGCCGUAUAGAGUUAUACAUGCUGGGCCCAGAAUACAAGGACACUAGGAAGAUUGGGAAUUCCACGAGUCCGAAAUCCUCGAUCGAGUUGACCAGCCAGGUCGUAACGAACUCGGAUGACCGGUCGCAUCAUUUGAUGAUCACAGAUGGUGAUUUCAGGUGGGGCCGCGAUCUGCCUCCUGCUCUCACCAACAUCAAUAUUCAGGUUCCUGCAAGUCAACUGACUGUAAUCAUGGGUCCAGUUGCGUGUGGCAAGACAACUCUGCUACACGCAAUCCUGGGGGAAAUAGCAUGUGCGAGAGGAACAGUCAGAGUACCAUCCAAAGUCAUUUCAUAUUGCUCACAGAAGCCAUGGAUCACGAAUACGACAAUUAAGCGAACCAUCAUUGGCCAUGGUACUUAUGAUGAAAGAUGGUAUGAAAAGGUUGUAUUGGCAUGCGCGUUGAAGAAAGACUUCGCUGCCUUGCCUCGUGGAGAUGAGAGUGAAACUGGAAGCGGUGGCGCGACUUUGAGCGGCGGCCAGAAACAGCGAGUGUCUCUGGCACGGGCAUUGUACCAGCGGUCGCCCCUCGUUAUCCUGGACGAUGUAUUCAGCGGACUUGAUCAAGCAACUCAGGACCACAUAAGCAGAAGCUUAUUCGACAUCGGAGGUCUACUUCAUAAAUCCCAAUCCGACGCAACAACAGUCCUAGCAACCCACUCCGUACGAUUCCUCAAAUACGCACACCAUGUCAUAAAUCUGUCCAGCGACGGAACAAUCUCAUCUCAGGGGCCGCCUUCAACACUGAAACUGGACGAUGUAGCCCAUGAAGAACUUCAGCAACCGGGAGAAGAGACAGAUAGUAAAACGGAAAAACGGAAUACAGCUACCGAGACACAGCCGAAUGGGAUAAACGACGAUACCGCGAGAACAGGUCAUGAAGUCUCUGGCUCUGACAAAGCAGCGCUACGGACGUAUAUAGGUACCAUGGGUGCAGCGAACAGCAUCGCAUUCAUUUUGAUGGGAGUUUUGUACGUUGGCCUGUACAAAAUCCCAGACUACUGGGCAAGACGGUGGGGAGAGCAUACGGAUGCUUAUCCUCGCCAACCGCAAACCUCCUUUUAUCUGGGGGUAUAUUCGCUCUUCUAUGGUCUUGCCCUCAUCGUGUGCGCUGUGUGGUUCUCGCAUCUUCUCCUGAUAAUCAUACCCAAAACCGGCAUUGAAGUCCACUCUCGAUUGUUACGGACGCUCAUGAACGCCAAAUAUUCGUUUCUGGCUCGAACAGACGUCGGCAGUAUUGUAACGAGAUUCGGGCAGGACUUGAUGUUGGUCGACACUGAACUUCCGAUGGCUCUGAUGAACACCUAUAUCGAGUCCCUCACUCUUGUUGCACAGCUAGUGUUGAUUGCCUCUGCUUCAGUCUACCUGCUUGCCGCAUUUCCAUUUCUGGCAGCUGUGAUCUACACGGUGCAGCGAAUGUACUUGCGAACGUCAAAGAGAUUACGGCAUUUAGAACUAGAAACGAAAGGACCAAUUUUCUCGCAUUUUGAUGAUACGGUUCGCGGUUUGACAUCAAUACGUGCCUUUGCGUGGCAGGACUCCGUUACUCAAGUCAACAAUCAACUGCUUGACACCUAUCAACGACCAUAUUACUUGCUUGCUAGCGCCCAAGUAUGGUUAGAGCUUGUGCUAAACCUGCUUGUUGCAGGGCUGGCAACCAUCACGAUAGGGGUUGCAGUAGCUACGCGAAGUAGCGGCAGUGGUGCUCAAACUGCUGUGGCAUUACUCAAUCUCGUCACCAUGGGUGAACAUCUGAAGUCCCUGAUCAUGUUCUGGACGCUACUGGAAAUAUGCCUUGCGGCCAUCACGCGCGUAUCCGAUUUUGUCAGCUCAACACCCCAAGAGAGAUCCGAAGACGCGGAUAACAGCAAGUCAGACAAGGAGAAAUCUGGGAGACUCAUACCACCUGGCCCGGCAAACAUCAACAUGACAGGGGUGUCAGCGCGUUAUUCAGAUGAUGGCGAUGAUGUGCUAGCGGACGUCAGUCUUCGAAUUGACCCAGGCAUGAAGGUUGCGAUAUGCGGUCGAAGCGGCAGUGGGAAGUCGAGUCUGAUGAACAUCAUGCUGAAGAUGAUGGAUGUGUCCAAGGGCGAGCUCCGCGUUUUCAACACACCAUCAACCCAGCUUGAUCCCCAACGCCUCAGGAGGAUGAUAAAUACAAUUCCUCAAGAGCCCUAUUUCUUCCACGGCAGCGUACGAGAAAAUUUGGACCCGGAAUCUAGAACAUCCGACAAAGAAAUGAGGGAUGCUUUACAACAUGUGGGCUUUGGAUUAAAGCUGCUAACCGACGGCUACCUAGAUGGACUGCUAGAAGUUGACUCUUACUCGGCCGGCGAGCUGCAGCUCCUCUCUCUUGUUCGAGCAAUGCUUCGACCUAGAGAUAUUUUGAUAUUGGAUGAAGCAACAAGCAAUGUCGACGAGGAAACACAUAGGAAAAUGCACACCAUAAUUGCUGAACACUUUUCCUCGUCGACUGUCAUCGAGGUCAUGCACCGGCUGGACCAGCUUCACAAGUACGACGCAAUGUUGGUCAUGGACAAAGGUCGAGUGAUUAGAUGGUCCACUUCUCUGAAUGAGGCAACCAUAGAGAUAGACUGA